AGCCUCGGAGAUCAAGGGCCCGCUCUGAAGCGGGGAUGCGUCCGGCCCCGAGGGCGCGGCGGGCAGAGAGACCCUGACCCGGCCGGGAGUCGGAGCCUGCGCUGCCCCGCGCUCUUCUGCCCGCGCCUGCAGUGGACCUCGGGCCGCAGGCGCCUCCGCAUGUGGCAGCGCAGUUAGGGAGAUGCUGCAGGACAAGGGCCUGUCGGAGAGCGAGGUGGCCUUCCGGGCCCCGGGCCCAGCGCUCGGCGAGGGCAGCGCCGCCACCGCCCCCGAGCCCGCGCUGGCAGCGCCGGGCCUCAGCGGAGCCGCGCUCGGUAGCCCCCCGGGCCCGGGCACCGACGUCGCCGCCGCCACCGCAACCGCCGAGCAGACCAUCGAGAACAUCAAGGUGGGGCUGCACGAGAAGGAGCUCUGGAAGAAGUUCCACGAGGCGGGCACCGAGAUGAUCAUCACCAAGGCGGGCAGGAGGAUGUUCCCCAGCUACAAGGUAAAAGUCACAGGCAUGAACCCCAAGACCAAGUACAUCUUGCUGAUUGACAUCGUCCCUGCAGAUGACCAUCGCUACAAGUUCUGUGACAACAAAUGGAUGGUGGCCGGCAAGGCCGAGCCGGCCAUGCCGGGAAGGCUGUAUGUGCACCCGGAUUCUCCCGCCACGGGGGCCCACUGGAUGCGGCAGCUGGUCUCCUUCCAGAAGCUGAAGCUGACAAACAACCACCUGGACCCCUUUGGCCAUAUCAUCCUCAACUCCAUGCACAAGUACCAGCCACGGCUGCACAUCGUUAAAGCCGAUGAGAACAACGCCUUUGGCUCCAAAAACACAGCCUUCUGCACUCAUGUGUUCCCAGAGACCUCCUUCAUCUCUGUGACCUCCUACCAGAAUCACAAGAUCACACAGCUAAAAAUCGAGAAUAAUCCUUUUGCCAAGGGAUUCCGGGGCAGUGAUGACAGUGACCUGCGUGUGGCCCGGCUGCAGAGCAAAGAGUAUCCGGUGAUCUCCAAAAGCAUCAUGAGGCAGAGGCUCGUCUCCAGCCAGCUCUCGGCCAAGCCUGACGUCAGCCCCCUGCACGGCGCCCACCAGGCCCUGCAGCACUAUCAGUAUGAAAAUGGGGCCCACAUGCAGUUUGCCACGGCCGAGCCGCAGGAGCUGGGCCUCAACACCUUCCCGCCCCAGAGGGACUCCAGCCUCUUCUAUCACUGCCUGAAGAGACGAGACAGCGCCCGCCACCUGGAGUUACCCUGCAAGCGAUCCUAUCUGGAAGCUCCCUCUUCUGUGGCAGAGGAUCACUACUUCCGUUCUCCCCCUCCCUACGACCAACAGAUGCUGAGCCCCUCCUAUUGCAGUGAGGUGACUCCCAGAGAAGCCUGUAUGUACUCAGGUUCAGGCCCCGAGAUUGCCGGGGUGUCUGGGGUGGACGACUUGCCCCCGCCCCCGCUGAGCUGUAACAUGUGGACGUCGGUCUCACCGUACACCAGCUACAGCGUUCAGACCGUGGAGACUGUGCCUUACCAGCCCUUUCCCACGCACUUCACGGCCACCACUAUGAUGCCUCGGCUGCCUACCAUCUCCGCUCAGAGCUCCCAGCCGCCAGGGAACGCCCACUUCAGUGUCUACAAUCAGCUGUCGCAAUCUCAGGUCCGAGAGCGGGGUCCCACGGCCUCCUUCCCGAGAGAGCGUGGCCUCCCCCCGGGCUGUGAGAGGAAGCCGCCCUCACCUCACCUGAACGCUGCCAAUGAGUUUCUCUACUCUCAGAGCUUCUCCUUGACCCGAGAAUCUUCCUUACAGUAUCAUUCAGGAAUGGGGACUGUGGAGAACUGGACUGAUGGAUGAUUGCCACGUCUCCUGGACAGCCCCAGGACCCUGUCAAUGAGUGUUAACCUCUGUGGGUGGCCCGCACUCCCAAGAAACCCAGGAAGGUAUUUCAAAGGGUGUACGUGUGCAAAUGCUAGUGUGUGUGCAUAUGUGUGUGUGCAUGUGUGUGUGUGUAUGUGCUUGUUCAUAUAUGUAGGGAGAGCUGACACAUAGCUGAGACCAGCACAAGAGAAGAGAAACCCCAGUUAUCUAAGAAGCGAUUUUGGAUGCAGGAUCUGGGACUACUGUUACCUGACAUCUCUUGACCCGCCCAGGUGAGGGAUAGGCGUGGAGGAUUCGUUUGAGUUCUUUAGAGGUUUUUAUAAUACAGUUGGAUUCACCCGGGGGCCAGGAGUUGAGGUCUCUCUCUGCUGCAGAGAGAGCUUCUCUCUGCACACCUGGGGGUUCUGGCCUUCCACCCACAAGGGAGCGCAGGGCCCGUCCUUCGGCUUCUGGAGAGUCUGUGAGACUCCCUGAGCCUCCAAGUGCGCUUUCAGAGCAAAACUGUCAGCUCAGUUGAUGGCCUGGAGCUUGAUCCCUGGAGCUGUAAGGUCUGAGGGGUGACUUUCAGAGAGGGUCAUGUGCUCAAUGCCACCUCAUGGGUAUUUUAAAAUAUUUUCUUCCUUUUUUCCUUCAAGCGUAGGGAAAACCCAACCAGUAGCACCUCUGUCAUUGUUCAGGGUUUGUGGUAAAGUGCAGAGCCCUUCCCUCUGGGUCCCCAACGUGCAGUGUCUCUCUGAGGUACACAAUCGGCCUGCCUCGUACCCUCUGCAUCCCAUGGGCAGCAGUCGUGACACACGCUUCACCUGGCAGCGUCCCCAGAACCCUGUCAGAGCUGAUGUGAGGCAUCUCUGCUGGGCGUGUUCUGCUCCCUAAAAACCCAUGCCCCUGGAGUGAGACAUGCGAAAGAGAAUUGAGAAAAAUUAAUUUCCUCCAGCAAAUUCAGCCAGUGUGCUCAGAGGAGCAAAGCUAACUUUUCUCCAGGGGGUAACCUCGUAGUCCUCAGCCCCGUCCUCUGACGGUGGACAUCACCAGACCGUCUGGGUCGGUGGUGUGAGCUCUAAAUUAAAUUUGGGAAAUCACUAAACUCUUUGCAUGCUGAAUAGCUAUUUAUAUAUUAUAUAAAUAAAUAAAUGAGUAAAUAUAUAUAUCUCACAAAUGCGGGCCACAUGUCAAAUUCAGCUUUGCUUUUUACAAAUGAAUAAACUUAAUAAAAAUGAAUGCUGGUGGGGGUAUUUGGAAAGACAUCUAUUUAAAUUUUUAUGACAUGUUUGAUAUGAAAAACUAAGAAUGGUUUAGAUAAAGCAUAUAUAUAUAUUAUAUAAACACACGACAGAUAAAGCUUUAUUAGAAAACACAUUAGCUGACAGGUGAUAUGGAACGUCAAGUGUUUUGUUAUGUAGCAUGGACAUUUUAUUUUACAUAUUGGAACAUAAAGCCACCUUACAACUGUGAA